AUGAACACUGGAAAUGUGGCGGAGUUCGUCAUUGACAAGGAUACCAACGUGGUGCAAGUGAUAACGUUCCAGUCAGCGCGGCAGAAGCGCCUCUUUGCAGCCUUCCCCGAGGUUGUUCUGGUCGACUCGACUCAUUACAGCAACGCGAACCGUUACAAGCUGUUUAGCUUCGUAGUCCACGACGUCUUCGGCCGGGGUCAAUUCGAGCAACACGCAUUGGUGCGGACGGAAGAGAAACCGAACUUGGGUCUUGCUGUCGCAGGAUUCAAAACGCACAACCCUGAGUGGUCUAAGAUCCGUGUUGUGAUGUCGGAUAAGGCACUGCAUGAGAAGGAGGUGCUGUUGGAAGGAUGGCCGAAUGCGCGCCAGCUACUAUGUCGUUGGCACGUCGAAACGUGGUUGAAGAAACAGUGCUCCAGACUGGGAGACGUCGGGCCUACAGAAACGAAGGAACUCAAGUCAAUUAUGAAAGGAUUGGUGAAUGCGGCAUCUCUGGAGCACUAUGACGACCUGAAGAAGGCUCUGCUCGAGACAGUCGGGAAUAACGACGAAAACCUGCUCUACAAAAGUUUUAUGAAGCACUGGGAUACGACUGCUGACGAGUGGGUGAUGUUCAAGCGUGGUGACGUCCCACACCUGAUGAACAACACGAACAACCGUCUGGAAUCGGAAUGGGCCGCCUCAAAUAGGUUAUUUACGGUAGUUUCACUGUUGAUGAGCUCCUCUCCAUGCUGA